AUGGACGCCUCCUCCCUCCGCAUCUCCAAGUUCGAUGGAACUAACUUCCACGCCUGGAAGUUCAAGAUGCAGAUGGUGCUGGAGGAACGGGACCUAUGGGAGGUCGUCAGCGGUGAGAUCAAGGCGGAACAGUGCGAGACUCAGUUGGACCAAGCGACGUACAAGAGGAAGUCAAGAAAGGCGAUGGCAGUGAUCUGUCUAGCCAUGGAAGAUUCCCAGCUACCGUUGGUCCGGUCGGCAAGUGGUGCAUGCGACGCAUGGUCAAGGUUGGAAGACCACUUCGAGAAGAAGAGUCUUGCCAACAAGCUGUUCUUGCGCCGUCGCUUCUUCACGACAAUGAUGGAAGAAGGCGACGAUGUGCUCGAACACAUCAACAAGCUCAAGACGCUGGCGGAACAGCUAGAAGCGGUGGGGGCUCCAGUCUGCGAGGACGAUCUGGUGAUCACACUCCUCGGCAGCCUGAGUGACUCGUAUCAAUUCUUGAUCACAGCUUUGGAGUCGCGCUCAGACACUCUUAGCUGGGAGCUCGUGACGUCUCGACUGCUUCAUGAAGAAAUGAAGCGGAAGGAGCAAGGAAGUAAAGGUGAUGAAGCUUCGCAAGGUCAAGCGUUCAUCACAAGGGACAAUCAGCGCAAAGGGCGACCAGUGAAGAAGUCCUGGCCGUGCCACAAUUGCGGAAAGAUUGGUCACUGGAUGGCGGAGUGCCCCUCGCGCAUCCAAGAAAACACGGAGAGACACCGGCCACAGCGUGCUCAAGACAGCGGCGACCGCUAUCGAUCACAACGUGCAAACGUCGCUCAAGAAGAAGACUCGGGCGACUACCUCUUUUCGAUCGGUGAAACGACAUCUGCGAAAUCGAGCGACAUCUGGCUGGUCGACUCCGGGGCGACGCAGCACAUGACGUGCUCCAAGAAGUUCAUGCGGAACUACAAGGGGUUUGACGCUGUGGAUGUCCAUCUCGCGGAUGAUGGAAUCGUCCAAGCAAUCGGCAGUGGGGACAUUGUCAUGUCGAUGAAGACACCCCAAGGGAUGAAGAAAGGUGUGCUCACAAACGUGUGGCACAUCCCAAAGUUAUCCAGAAACCUGUUCUCGGUCGGCCGCUUCACCAAGGAUGUCGGCCCAGUGACGUUCACGAAGGAUGGGUGCUAUGGAGAAGCGAAAGGGACCAAGUGGAAAAUUGGUGCCCGUGAAGGUAAAGGACUGUUCAAGCUGCAAAUGACUCCAGUGGCGCCGGAACAAGCAAAUGCAGCCAAGUCGUCGGGAUGUCAAGGGGGCACCAAGUCGUACCUCUGGCACCUUCGGCUUGGCCACAUAGGUCACGAUGGACUCAAUUGCAUCGUGACGAAGAACAUUGGAAUUGGCAUCGACAUAUCUUCGGUGAAGAAGUGGGACGUGUGUGAAGGUUGUGCUCUGGGAAAACAGACUCGAGUGCGCUUCCAAUCAAACACUACAGCUCGCACCUCCAAACUCCUCGAAGUGAUUCACAGCGACGUAUGCGGACCGAUGUCGAUGGCAACUUUCAGUGGAAAACGGUACUUCGUGACAUUCAUUGAUGACAAGUCAAGAUACUGUGUCGUCUAUCUGCUCAAGAGCAAAUCUGAAGUUGCGGCGAAGUUCAUAGAAUACGCUGCGAUGGCCGAAAACAAACCGGAAAGCGCGUGA